AGCUCCUCAUCGUAGCACUCGCGCUCGGCCCGGCCAACGAAUGAAGCGCCCGCACCGUCGCGCCUCCAAUUUAUCAUGGCGCCCCUAUUAGAUGAAAACGGUGCGCCUUCGUCGUGAUUUUGAAUGAUCCUGGUCGGGCUCCGUUUUGCACUUCCUGCCGCCACGGUCUAUUCUUCCUAUUCAUUCGUAUACAACUGCGCCUCUUGUACUAGCCCAUUGGUUUGUGGCUUUUGCGUGCAGGGCAUUCGAUGUUCUUCAUGUCCUAAUGCUCACACAGCACGCGGGAGCAUGAACACGGAGCAAGUGCUCGCGAAGUUUUUUCAUGUGCAGGGCAUACUGAGAGAGCGCGUGUCCCGUUUCUUUUCGUUGACGGCGUUGCAGUGCUUCCACAAUUUCUAUGUCACGCCACCUCCUUGGCGAUAUUCCUUUGCAAGGUCGUGCACCACCCUGCCGUCGGGGGACGCCAUGCCAUCAAACAAGUAUAUCCGCUGAGUCAGUUGGUCUGCUCUGCAGUGGUCUUUUUACGUACUAGUCUCAGACGCGUAGCGCCUUAACUUCACUGCGUUGCACGUCUCGGCCCCCUUUGUUUAUUCGAACCCACUGCCGGACGAACGGUCCGGAUUAAGUGUAAAGAGUCAUUGAAGCCGGGGAAGACAAGGAGGAAGCUUUCUCAUGCUGGCAGCUGCCUUUUAGGUUGCAAAGAUUCACGUGCUGCCACUAAGUAGCCAUGUCCGCAGUGCGCCCAGCGUGGAUGAGAUACUUUCCGCGUAUGGAGCGCGCACGUAUGCAAGACCCGAACGAUGCGAUUGAGUUUGGCGAGCUUCCGGUGGAAUUUGUUGAGUGCCCAUACUGCCGGCGGAAAAACGGAGUGAGUUUCGUCGACCACGAGGCUUCUGCCAUGACCUAUGCCCUUUCCUUCUGUAUACUCUGUGCGUGUGGUUGGUUCAGUCUCUGCUUAUUACCCCUUGUCUGGCCCGUACUGCGCACCGUUGUCCACCGGUGUCCUGACUGCCGCAACGUUCUCGCCAAGAAAAAUCGCGUGCGCUGCCCGCGUGUUCAGAAUGAGGUUUUUACCAUGGAAAUGAGCGGAUGUGCGGUGGUGCUUUCGAAAAAGUACCUCAUUCUUUUUUGCGUGCUCCUCCUGUUGAUUUUCAUCUUUUUGUGGCGCGGUGAUCACCAUGGGAGUCACCUCCUGCUCGAUGCACCAACUGGCGGGCGGGAUUUAGAUGGCGAGACAGGCACCUGGCCGGGAUACCUGAAGUUCUGCGGCUACCGCAAGUCUCUAGGUAACCCGCUACGAGCGCGCCGGAAAUUUGACGAGAUGUAUGCUGGGAACCGUGUGCUCUGGGAGGGACGCGUUUCCAAAAUUCUGGAGGGGUUUCAUAUCUUUUUUUGGGACGCACCCGGCAUGAUAAAAGUGGACAUGAUUCCGGCCGAAAACUCUCGGAACGCCGAAUAUCAUGUGAAAAAGCAUACCAUGCCAGAACUCAGACGAAUUCUUUGGAGGUGUCUCGUGCAGAUUUCGGGACUAGCGAAAACUCGAUGCGCUUUGGUGGCUUCAAGCAGCUAUGCGUGAAGUGUCGAAGUCGCAGCACCUCUAAGAGAGUGUCGAAGUCGCCUUUGAUGGGUCAGACCGUACCACAAAUUGAUUCAACAGGUUGGAUAUGCAGUAUAACGUAAUCACUGCGUUUGCUAGUUACCAAAGCAUAACUAGCAACGUACGCUUUGCCUGUAGUGUGUAAAGAGGAGGGCAAUUACAUAGGUGCUAGAUACAUGGAGCGACAGGCGAAAAGAAAAAAAAGAACAGAAGGACAAUGGGGCUCGGCAAAAGAAGAAAGACGGGAAUACCCGACUAAGCCGGGCCCGAUUUCUGAUACCCGCUUGGGGCGGCUAGAUCUCCCACCCGGCGCGAUUUUCGCGCGCCCGCCAGCAAAGUGCUCCGGGCAAACCGGGGCCCGCCUGUCCGGCCUUCUCACCUGGCCCGCCC